AUGGUCGUAGUGGCACCCUACCUGUAUGUAGCCACUCACCGAUCAGACGAUUCCACUGUCCUCCGGCGGUUCUCUGAAGGGGCCAGUCGGUGCCAGAGUCCAGCCCCACGGAGUGUCUCUGUGGAUAGGCUGCUGGAUCACCAGAGCCCCAGGCUUCAGCAGGCCUCCAGGAUACAACAUGGAGGAUCUCCCCAGAGACAGAGCAUGGAGCAGGGCUGUCUGGUUGCUCUAACUCCCCCUGACUACACUGGGCAGACUGCCCGGUCCGGUCUCUACUCCAGUCUUUACAGCCCACCUCCCCCAGGGUCAGACCUGCAGACAGACACCAGAUUCAACUCCAUCAACACAACACAGGUCAACACUAUAUAUAUAACCAUUCUAGAUGUAACCAUUCUAACAUAUUUUCCUCAGACUAAUACAUUAGCUAGUCCUUUGCUUGCCAUUGUAACGAUAACAAGAAACUUCCUAGAUACCGUUCUCACACCGUGUACCUUCCUGUCUUCUGUCUCCUCUCCAGGCCAGGCCUACGACCUGCUCUCUGCCCUGGGAUCACCUCCUGCUACUUCCUGUCUGACAGAGACAGAAGAAAAGAGAGAAGGACAGAACAGAGGAGGACAAGAACAGAGUGAGAGUCAUGUUGAUGUGACUCCACAGUGCAGUGAGAUAGCUCUCCUGAAGAGGAAGCUGUCCUUCACACAACAGCAGUUGGAAUCCCUGAAGAAAAGGCUUGUCGAGGCUCUGAAAGAAAACUACAACUUGAGACUAACCAGCCUAAAGCAGGACUCCUCUACCACUGCAGAGGCCAACUGUGGCAGGCAUUGGGACAGGUGUCUACAGAGACAGGUGCUUGCUCUGCGAGAGCAGGAGACACACCUGAGACAACUGGAGCAGACCAUUGUGCUUCUACAGGGCAAUCACAGGUCUUUGGUGUCCAAUAAUAACUCUCUGUUGGGACAUCUAAAUGAACACAUAACAGAACAAACGGAGUCCAGAGUCCAGAGAAUCCAGCCAGCAGACUAAUCUAAUGAGUUCAACAUUGAACAUCAAUUCAAGCCUUUGCCAAGAUUGUACUGCGUUCUAAUGACUCGAGCCUUCUCUGUAAACUGUUGUAGGCUGUUUGGCAUACUGUGAAAUUACAUUGAAAAUGUAUUUGUAAUAUACAUGCUUUUUAUAUGCA